AGACCGCUAUCUACACCUCUACACUCGAGGAGAUUCACGCACCAUCAACACAUUAUCAUGCCGAGGGAACGCAGACUUCGUGGGAUCAAUUCAAGCGCAGUUCGCCAUCGCAUCAGUUUUGAGGACGAGGAUAUUGACAUUGAGAGUGUGCUUGAGAGGACGAAAACUCGAGUGUUCGAGAUAAUUAGGGAGCAUGCGGCACGGUAUGAUGCAAAUGUUAAGUGGUACAUAGUGCUUAACGUUUUAUUGUAUAAAUUAGUGGUGCUGGAUGACAAGGUUGAUGAGUCUGUUUCAUCUCUAAUAAAUCUACAUAGUUACUCCAACAUAGCGCUGAACGUGCUUGAGAACUAUGAAGAUUUUAAUGAGGCACAUAGUGGGAAGUCAUUGGCAUUCUACACUUCCCUCUCCAACAAACCAGUUCACACCACUCUUUCCCCCCAGCAAAACAAUGUGCUGGCAGCAUCUUGA